AUGGUCUCUUCCUUUGUCUCCUCUGCCAACGCCGGCAAGGACUCGUCAAUGUCCUUGGCGACGUUGGCCGAGGCCAACAGCUCUCUCUCAUCAUCGGUUGCAACCCUGACCGAUCAAGUGUCGUCACUGACACUCAUGGUUGAGUCGCUCUUGACCCUGAAUCACAACCUCCACCGUGCCCCGCAAUCACAAUCUCCAACAUCAACACUCGUUGCCCCAGCUGUGCCGCCCACUGAGUACAACAGCGACGACGAGGACAGGCUCUCGUACAUCACUGACCCAGGUGAAGGAGUCACACCGCUGGCCCCUGCCGCUGAUGUUGCUACCGUUGCCCCAAUGGUGGUUCCUGCUCUCGCUGGGGGGGCUCCUGCGCCUGCAGGUCCUGGCCCCGCUACGGUUCCUGCUCCUGCUGGGGGGGCUCCUGCGCCUGCAGGUCCUGGCCCCGCUACAGUUCCUGCUGGGGGAGCUCCUGCGCCUGCAGUUCCUGGCCCCGCUGGGGGAGCUCCCGCGCCUGCACCUGGGCAGUACCACUCCCUCGACGUUGAUCCAUCCCUCCGUUGGUACCUUGUAACGGUUGGCCACGCUGUCGGCGUAUUUCAAGGAUGGGAGAAUGUGGCACCUUUGGUGCUCGGUGCUCGGGGAGCAAUUUUCAACAGACAGCCUAACCAAGAGGCCGCCCUCUCCCGCUUCAACGAGGCGCGCACCUUAGGUCUCGUUCGUGUUGUGUGA